GAGUCGAGAAGGAGCCGACAGGGGUCACAGAAAAGAUCUGAAGAAAUCCACUUGCCCAGACAAUCACCAUCCAUCACUGGAGCUGAAGAACAAAGACGCAGUCGUGCUCUUCGGUGGCCUGACACCCAUGAGAAAGAGGAGCCUCAACUCUAAUCUUCUCAAGAUUUAAUCACUAAAUCAUUUAAAACAUCCCAUAAAAUGAAGGCAUUCAGCAUUGCAGUUGCAGUGACACUCGUGCUCGCCUUUAUUUGCAUUCUGGAGAGCUCUGCUGUCCCAUUCCACGGGGUGCGAGAGCUGGAAGAGGCAGGAAGCAAUGACACUCCAGUUGUGGCACGUCAAGAGAUGUCAAUGGCAUCGUGGAUGAUGCCGAAUCCCGUCAGGCAGAAGCGCCAGAGCCACCUCUCCAUGUGCCGCUGGUGCUGCAACUGCUGCACGGCCAACAAGGGCUGCGGUUUCUGCUGCAGGUUCUGAGGAUUCCCGCCACAGCCUCGAAAUAUUAAUUUAUUUGACUUCUUUUUGCUUUACCCCAGGAAAUGACCCUCUUUCUUGACUUCUUUCUCCAAUGCAUUGCCUGUGAUAUUCACUUUUUUUGGUAUCAUUUUUAAAAGAGGUAUGAUUCAUAGAAGAGCACUGGAAACAAAUGAGAAGCUAUUCUGUGUAUUUAUUUUGUAUGUUUGUAAUACUUUCACCCUGGAACUCUUUUUGUAAACUCAAUGGCAUGUCAAGACUGUUUCUUUUUAUCAAAAUUAAAUCUGUAAUAAAUAAUGAACAUUUGAAGCAAACAUA